AUGCUUCAGGCAAACCUGUUGUUGAUCCAACAAUUUUUUUGCUCUCACUCUUUCUCUCCACCUUUCCUCCUUCCUCCCGGUUCCCCACAGGGCCUACACUCGUACCUUUCCAAGCACGCCUACGCCAACACCGUCACCAACGACCUCUGGAACUCCCUUGCCGAGGCCUCGGGCAAGCCUGUCCGUGAGAUGAUGGUCAGUUGGACGGCCCAGAUGGGCUAUCCGCUCAUCUCCAUCCUGCCCCCUAGCCCAGGCAAGCAGGGAGUGCGUCUCAGGCAAACCCGGUUCCUCUCCAAGGGACCUCCCAGCGAAGCAGAGGACAAGCAGCUCUGGUGGGUGCCUGUGACUGCAACGACAGGGCGAGUGGGCGGAGGCGAGGGGAAGAAGCUUGAUACGGUGGUUCUGUCGGAGAAGGAAGGGGAGGCGGAGGGGUUUGUGGUGCCAGAAGGGGAGGGCGGAUGGCUGAGGGUGAAUGCGGGGCAGACGGGGAUCUUCCGGGUGAAUUACACAGAGGAGCAGUGGAAGGGGAUUUCGGCUGCUGUGGAGGCGCUGCAGCUGCCUGUUAUCGACCGACUGGGCUCGGCCAUGGACGCAUUUGCACUGGCCAAGGCGGGUACCAUCAAGACCAGCCAGUUGCUGCCACUUUUCAGCCACCUCGCACCCCCCGCUCUUCUCCACACCCCUCCCUGCUCUCGCGUUCCCCUCCCUCGUUUCUAUCCAAUCCACAGGCUCUGUCAUGGACGCAUUUUCCCUGGCCAAGGCGGGCAUCAUCAAGACCAGCCAGGCAGUAUUUCAGCUGUCAUCACGUGCCCUCCUCCCUCUUGUGCUCACUCCCUUCGCUCUUCUCUAUCCCAACUUCCAGGCUCUGUUAUGGACGCCUUUGCCCUGGCAAAAGCGGGCAUAAUCAAGACCAGCCAGGCUCUGCAGCUGGCAUGGGCGUUCAAGAACGAAACGGAAUACACCGUAUGGGCGCAGAUAGCAGGGGACAUUGGCGAGCUGGAGAUCCUGAUUGGCGCGCUGCAGCAGAAGCCUCUCCUGGAGGCGGUGGGCAUGCAGCUCUUUACCCCCAUUGCCGACAAGCUGGGCUGGGAGCCCAAAGCGGGCGAGUCUCACCUGGACUCCAUGCUGCGGCCCCUGGUACUGGGCAAGCUGGGCAGCUACCAGCACGCCCCCACCAUCGCCAAGUGCCAGGAGCUCUUCAAGCAGCUCACCGCUGACGUCUCCUCGGUCAACCCUGACCUGCGUCGGGUGGUCAUGUCUGUGGCGGUGAACUCGGUCAACCCUGACCUGCGUCGGGUGGUCAUGUCUGUGGCGGUGAAGUACGGAGGAAAGGCGGAGAUGGAGGCCAGACCACUCUCUAUCUGCAACUGCUCUCUCCUUCUCCCCCCCCCCUGUCUGUCACCCUUCAGCUCGGUCAACCCUGACCUGCGUCGGGUGGUCAUGUCUGUUGCUGUGAAGUACGGAGGAAAGGCGGAGAUGGAGGCCACUAAGAAGCUCUACAGGGAGGCAACCACGCCUGACUUCAAGAUCCACUGCCUCGUUGCACUCUCCUCUGUGAAAGACCGUGAGCUAUACAAGGACUUCCUGGCGUUCGCCCUUGACGAGACUGAAGUGAAGGCGCAGGACCAAUACAUUGUCUUCAUGACCAUGGCAGGCAACGCAGCCAAUCGCGAGUUCGCCAUUGUCUUCAUGACCAUGGCUGGCAAUGCUGACAACCGCGAGUACGCAUGGGAGUAUUUCAAGGAGCAUUUCGAUGCCAUUCAUGCUCGCUUCGCCUCUGCUGCUGCCUUGUUUGCGCGCAUACCAGCUCUGCCCCUCAAGGGGUUUGCCACUGAGGACAAGGCUCGUGAUGCGGAGGCUUUCUUCGCCGCCCAUCCGGUCCCAGCUGCGGCGAUGGAACUGGAUCGGACACUUGAGACGAUCAGGGCUCGUGCAGCAUGGCUGGCACGAGAUGGGGAUGAUAUCGUUUCUUGGCUCAAAUCCAAGGCAUCUUAG